UAUGCCAAAAACAUAAAACGAGACAUUUCACUGGAUUCAAGUAUCUCAGAACACAUUACCAAACCAAAAUGAUGAUGAACUGAGCGUAUAUAUAUAUAUAUAACCGAAUCGUUCCUGUCUGAAACUCCGAGCAAAAAUUCUGCAAAAGUUCCUCCAGAGAUUCUACACAGUAUCAAGCUUUCGACUUCUUGCCCUUGCCCUCGGCCGUGACGGGCUUGGCCUUGAAGGGCAAAAACGUCUUUCCGCCCAUGAACGACUGCAGGACCUCGGGGACUUCCACGCCGUCUUCUGUCUGGUAGUUCUCCAGGAUGCAGCAGAUGGUCCUCUCCGUCGCUGUCAGGGUCGAGUUCAGCAGAUGCACGAACUGCUUCGUCUGCUCAUUGCUCUGCUUCAACAAUCAACAUAGAAAAGUCUACGACGUUAAAACAUCGUUCCAAUUGCUGGCUCUCCCAUCUCUCGUCCUCUAUGUUCCGCUUUCCGGCCAGCAAGAUGGACAACAUCGUCGGGACUCUCUUCGGAUUGCCACAGCUUCGUCUUCGACCUGGAUCGAAGCGAACCGGAUCAACACAGACAGACCACGGCUACGGCUUCCACCUACAGUGUCUCCUACACAGAAAGAAGAAAGAACCGAUAGAUGCCGAGCGCUUCCACAGAUAAGUUUCUCUCAAGAACCCUACCUCUCUGUAACUUCGAUUCGAUUAAUUAGAUGCUGGUUUUUUCAAUUAGGGUUUUAGUUAAGCAUUUUGUUUUUGGUUUAAUCUUGUUGAUCCAAACCCAGAACAAACAUAUAACCUUUGAACUGGAUUUUCGGGUUGGGAUCCCAUUGUAGGAACCCACGUCUCGACAGGGUAAAACCCUAGAUCAAUUCACUCAUCCUUUAGGAUUUCUUUGCAUGAUUACACAGAGAAUACAGCACAAAACUCUGUAUACAUAGGCAACGCCUAGAAAGCACUUGGCUUUUGCUUCUUAAAAUCAUCUCAUUCUGAUUUUCUUCAUAAUCUGACCUCCCCGUCCUCUUGAUCAGUUAGGAACAAAAGUAACCACUUCAAAGCAGAAAACUUUAUCCCUUAUGCUUCACCAAACAAACAUGUCUGCACCUCAUAUUGAUGCCACUUCAUCACAAUCCCAAUUCAGAUUUCGCAAUAUGAGAUUUGAAAGAAUGAGUUUUCUGCAUUGAUUGUCAGAUUAUUUUCUUGCAAAGUCAAGUAAUAUUUCUACCACUAACAUCCACUAGAGAGACAUGUGGUCCUUUGUUGCUUGAAUUCUCUUCAAUAACUGUAGUGGAGUGCUGAAAUAUCACACCCUUUCUCAAUAAUUGAAAACUAAACAAUUUUAAUUAUAUAAAAAUAUAAAAGUUUCUGCACUGAAUGUGAAACCAUUUCUCAGAAAGUCUUGCCCAGUAAAGUAAGUCAAUAUAAUGGCACCUAUCUUCUCUGUUUAUGUAGUGGAGAGAGGGAGAUGGCCGAUACAGAAUGUACAAACCCAUCACUUCGUGUAGAAGCUGUAUAAUCUUGAAAGAGGAUGGGAGGCUCCAUCAUUGUUCAAAGCACUCUUCUCUGUUUGUCCUUCUCCGUUUCCAGUUUCCUCACUGCUUUUGCUUCCUCAACCAAUAGUUUCUGCCUCCCCGACCAAAGGGAUGCUCUCAUGGAGUUCAAACACCUUUUCCACAUACAGAAGCCUCACCUUGACGAUGUUGCAUGUUAUCCCAAGACAAAUUCAUGGGGGAACAACAACAACACGGACUGUUGUUCCUGGGAAGGUGUCACGUGCCCUCCCAAGUCCGGUGAGGUGAUAGGGCUCGACCUUAGCAGUAGCUGUCUCAAUGGCCAUUUCCAUUCCAAUAGCAGUCUUUUAACUAGGCUGCCACAUCUUCGGACCCUGAACCUGGCUUUCAACGAUUUCAGCGAUUCUUCAAUCCCGUCUGAGUUGGGUAAACUGGUGGGGUUAACACAUCUCAACCUCUCUGGUUCAUCCUUCUCAGGUCAAGUUCCGACCGAGCUUCUACAUCUUACCAAGUUGGUAUCCCUUGAUCUUUCUUCCUAUAAUUCACUAUCCAUUGAGAAAUCAUUUCUCAUUAAACUUGCCCAGAAUUUGACUGAUCUUAGAGAUCUACAUCUCAAUUACCUAGAUAUUUAUUCUGCCAUUCCCCAGAACCUCUUGAACCUUUCCUCCCUUACUUCUCUUUCUCUUAAAGCAUGUGGUUUGAUUGGUGAAUUUCCAAGCAACAUUAUGCGAAUGUCUUCCAUUCGAUCUGUUAGCUUGUCUGAAAAUGAGGAUCUGAGAGGCCACCUCCCUGAAUUUCAUUUUAACGACUCUGUAGCAAAGUUGGAUCUCACUCAUACUUCCUUUUCGGGUGGUAUACCAAACUCUAUAGGCAACCUCAAGCGUUUGAAUGAAUUGUCUCUUGGCAAUUGCAAAUUCUCAGGGAGGAUUCCGUCUUCGAUCGGAAGCCUUUCAUACCUCACCUCCCUCGACCUUUCAGAGAAUGGAUUUUCGGGUGAAAUUCCGUCUUGGGUCGGAAACCUGUCAUACCUCACCUCCCUCGGCCUUUCAAUGAAUGAAUUUUCCGGUGGGAUUCCGUCCUCCAUUUCCAACCUAAACCAACUGUCCUAUUUGGAUGUUUUCAGAAACAGGCUCAGCGGCAGUAUUCCCCUUGGAAUAUCAAAUCUAACAAAGUUGUCUGGUAUAUAUCUCAGUCACAAUCAGUUGACAGGAUCAUUCCCGCCCAACAUGACUUCCCUCUCCAAUUUGGAGCGAUUUCAUGCAUUUGGAAAUUCCUUUGUCGGAGAUUUCCCUUCUUCUCUACUCGUGAUCCCUUCGUUGACUGAGAUUGAUCUGAGUGGAAACAAACUCAGCAACUUCGCCGAUUUUGGGAAUGUCCCCCCGACAACUGGGCUACAGGAUUUAUUCGUCGGUGAUAACGAUUUUAGCGGACCCAUCCCGAUGGCAUCCAUUUCAAAAUUAGUCAACCUCCAACUUCUUGACCUCUCACGGUGGAACACGGGAGAGAACGCCCUUGACAUCAGUCCUUUGUAUCAUCUCAAGUCCCUUGGAUAUCUCUACUUAUCAGAUCUGAAGAUGACAACCGCACUUGACCUGAGCCUAUUCUCUCCCUUUCAGAGGCUGGCCAGAUUGGAUAUCUCAGGCAACCAUGUUUCAACCACCAACACCACCUCCGCUUCUCAGUUGGAAUUUUUGGUUAUGUCGGGCUGCAACAUCACUGAGUUUCCCCUGUUCCUAAGAACCAUACCACAUUUGUCAUCGCUAGACCUUUCCAACAACAUGAUCAAAGGACAAGUGCCGGGGUGGUUAUGGAGGCUACCAAGCUUGUAUAUUCUGAAUAUCUCUCACAACUUUCUCAGCAGUUUCCAAGCAUCAUCAUCCCAGCAAAUGCUUCCCGAAUCAACUCUUCUUAGCGCAAUAGAUGUAAGUUCAAAUGGUUUCCAAGGACCACUCUUUAUCCCUCCCUCUCAAUACAUUGUUUAUUUGUGGGGAUCCAACAACAAUUUCACCGGAGGGAUUCCCCAAUCUAUAUGUGCCUUGUCGGCUCUGGAACUGCUCGAUUUGUCACACAACAACUUGGACGGCUCUAUUCCUCUGUGUUUGGGGAAUCUCAAUAGUUCCCUAGUGGUUAUGGACCUUCGUCACAACCAACUCAGCGGAAUUCUUCCAGACAUAUUUGUGGAUGCCAACGAAUUGAGAACACUUGAUCUUAGUGGCAACCGAUUCGAGGGAAAACUUCCUAAAUCUUUGGGGAGUUGCAGCAGUCUGGAGGUUUUGAAUGUUGCAAGAAACCAAAUCAAAGACACGUUCCCGUUUUGGUUGAUGUCAUUGCAAGAUCUACAGGUUCUUUCCCUCCACUCCAAUGAAUUUCAUGGUGAGGUGUAUCUUCCCGGGUUUCCUUUUGGAUUCCCGAAGCUGCGAGUUAUCGACAUUUCAAACAAUCACUUCAAUGGGACUCUGCCGUCAGAUUAUUUUGUUGGUUGGGACGCAAUCUCUUCGAUGGGGUCAAGUGAUAUCUUUCACGAGUCGAUGAAUAUUGAAACUAAUGGGAGUGGUUACCAGGACUCUAUAGUUUUGACGAAUAAAGGAACAGAGUUGGCAUACGAGCGGAUCCUCAAAACCUUCACGACCAUCGAUUUUUCAAGAAAUGCAUUCAGAGGAGACAUCCCCGAGUCCAUUGGUUUACUGAAAGGGCUUUACGUGCUCAACUUGUCAAGCAAUGCCUUCAUGGGUCAUAUCCCCACAUCGCUGGCAAACCUGACAAAGCUCGAAUCACUAGACAUGUCCCUCAACAAUCUUUCUGGCAGAAUACCUCCGGAGCUCGGGAGUCUCACAUUUCUGGAGCGCAUGAACUUCUCCUACAACAAGCUCACAGGUCCGAUUCCAAAAGGCACGCAGUUUGAUACACAAAACAGUUUGUCUUUUGAACACAAUCUCGGACUAUGUGGCCCUCCUCUCGACCAAAGUUGUGGAGAACACAAGACACCAACAAGCGACGUGUCAGAAACAGAGGAUGAUGAAGAUGAAGAGGAAGAAAAGUUGAGUUGGAUCGCCGUUGCACUCGGCUUUGCACCAGGCCUUCUAUUCGGAGUGACUCUCGGCCAUAUCGGGUUUUCGUAUAAGCGCGAAUGGUUGAUGAAGAUUUGCGGCCUAACUCUUUAACCCAUUUCAUGCCACUGCCAAGCCUUCUUCCCCAGUAACAGGACAUCAUUUGCUGUAUGGUUACUGUUUUCCAACUUUCUUCUUUUUUUUUUUCCGUCUUCCGUUGAUUUAAGAGUUCAAUGUUUGCAAUUAAAAUAAUUGUAUGAAUUAUAUUUGGUACAGUUCGUCGUCCCUUUGUACAAAAGAGUGAAUGUUUUGUAAAGAAAUUUGGCCAAAUGCAAGUCUUCAUUAUCUCA